AUGGACAUCUCAAAACCAGUUGGUUCCGAAAUCACGUCGGUGGAGUUUGGUGUGUUGCUGGAUAAGGAAAUCAGAAACCUAUCAGCAAAGCAAAUCACAAAUCCAAUUGUGUUUGACAACUUGGGACACCCCAUUACCGGAGGUCUUUACGAUUUGGCCUUAGGAGCCUUUUUGAAAAACUUAUGUACCACCUGUGGUUUAGAUGACAGGUUCUGUCCAGGGCAUCAAGGACACAUCGAGUUACCAAUUGCGGUCUACAACCCGUUGUUCUUCAAUCAAUUAUUCUUGUUCCUUCGGUCUUCUUGCCUUUAUUGUCAUCACUUCAAAUUGAACUCUUUAGAAGUGCACAGAUUCACCUGUAAGUUAAGAUUGAUCCAGUACGGUUUACUCUUGGAGUGUACUGAGCUUGAUAACAUGAUGAUUAAGGGUAAGGGAGAGCUCGAUGACGAAGCUGAAGAAGGCGAAGAAGAGGAUGGGUUCAAGACCAAGAGUGCCAUUGAUCCCAAGGCCAAAAAAGAUUUGAUUGCACGUCGUGAAUUGUUUGUCGAUACCGUAAUUGCUACUGCUCUUAGUGAGGGAAGAACAAGCGAAGGUGGAGUGACCACCUCCACCGUUGGUGAAGAAAGAAAACUCACCAUUCAUGAAUUUUACAAAAGAUUGUUGUCUAGACCUAGGUGCGACAACUGUGGAAUGUACUCACCAUCUUUCAGAAAAGAUGGCUUCACCAAGUUGUUUGAAAACUCCUUGAGAGACAAGCAAGUUGCUAACAAUAGAGUCAGAGGUUUGGUUCGUCCCGAUAUGUUAAGAAAUGGCUCUACCACCAGCAAAAAUGAUUCGAUGCCCAACAUCAAGCAUAAAGGUGGUUCUAAAUACAUUUUGUCUACCGAAGUGAAAAACAUUUUGGUUUCAGUAUUUAAGAAGGAAAAGAAUGUGUUGAAUAAAGUGUUCAACGCCAGACCCAACCCUAGCAAGGAAGUGUCUGCCGAAAUGUUCUUUUUGACUGCAUUAGUUGUUCCUCCAACUAGAUUCAGAUUACCAUCCAAGUUGGGUGAUGAAGUGCAUGAAAACGCCCAGAACGAGUUGCUAUCAAACAUCUUGAAAACCUGUCUUUUGAUCAGAGAUUUGAACGACCAAAUCACCAGUGUUACUAAGGAUAAGAUCACGAUCGACGACAAGAAGAUCUUGUUCAACAGAUUGAUGAACUCGUUUGUGACUAUCCAAAACGACGUCAACGCAUUCAUUGAUUCUACCAAGAACCAAAACGCUCCCGCUGGUAAGAUGCCUGUUCCUGGUGUCAAACAAGCUUUGGAAAAGAAAGAAGGGUUGUUCAGAAAGCAUAUGAUGGGUAAAAGAGUCAAUUUCGCAGCCAGAUCGGUUAUUUCUCCCGACCCUAUGUUGGAAACAAAUGAGAUUGGUGUUCCUCCUGUUUUUGCCAAGAAGUUGACAUACCCUGAACCAGUCACCGCUUACAACAUCAACGAGUUGAGAAAAGCAGUUAUAAACGGUCCAGACAAGUGGCCGGGUGCUGUUCAAGUCCAAAACGAGGAUGGUAGUUUGAUAUCCUUGAUCGGUAUGAACUUGGAACAAAGAAGGACCGUGGCCAACCAAUUGUUAACUCCUAGUAAUGGAUCCACUGGAGAGGUGAACAAAAAGGUCUUGAGACACAUCAAGAACAAGGACGUGGUUCUCAUGAACCGUCAACCAACUUUGCACAAGGCUUCUAUGAUGGGGCAUAAGGUGAGAGUAUUGCCUGGAGAAAAGACCUUAAGAUUGCAUUAUGCCAACACCGGUGCUUACAAUGCUGAUUUCGAUGGUGAUGAAAUGAACAUGCACUUUCCUCAAAGUGAGAACGCUAAGGCUGAAGCUUUGAACUUGGCUAACACUGACAGUCAAUAUUUGACUCCUACUUCUGGAUCUCCAUUGAGAGGGUUGAUUCAAGAUCAUAUUAGUGCAGGUGUCUGGUUGACCAGUAAGGAUACGUUUUUCACCAGAGAAACGUAUCAACAGUUGAUCUACGGAUGUAUUAGACCAGAAGAUGGACAUAUCACCAUGACCAGAAUCAGAACUUUACCACCUACUAUUUUCAAGCCAGAGCCCUUGUGGACCGGUAAGCAGAUCAUCUCAACCAUCUUGUUGAAUAUCAAGCCAGCCGAUGUUCCUGGGGUCAAUUUGAUCUCCAAGAACAAAAUCAAAAGUGAAUAUUGGGGUGAAGGGUCCACUGAAAACGAAGUGAUCUUCAAAAACGGUGAAUUAUUGUGUGGUAUUUUGGACAAAUCUCAGUAUGGUGCUUCUCAGUUCGGUAUAGUCCACUCCUUGCACGAAGUAUACGGACCUACCAUUGCUGGUAAGUCUUUGAGUAUUUUGGGUAGACUAUUCACAAAUUAUAUCAUGAUGACUGCGUUCACAUGUGGUAUGGAUGAUUUGAGAUUAACUGCAGAGGGUAACCAAUGGAGAAAUGAUAUUUUGAAACAGUCGGUUGACGUUGGAAGACUUGCUGCCAAUGAGGUCACCAACUUACCUCUGGACACCUCUGUUACCGACAAAGAGUUAUUGAAGAGAUUGGAAGAAAUCUUGAGAGAUGAUAAUAAGCUGGGUAUAUUGGAUGCGGUGACGUCUUCCAAGGCUAAUGCUAUCACUUCCCAGGUGGUGUCCAAGUGUGUUCCAGACGGAACCAUGAAGAGAUUCCCUUACAACUCGAUGCAAGCUAUGGCAUUAUCUGGUGCGAAAGGUUCCAAUGUGAAUGUUUCUCAGAUCAUGUGUCUUUUGGGACAACAGGCUUUGGAAGGAAGAAGAGUGCCGGUUAUGGUUUCUGGUAAGUCACUUCCUUGUUUCAAGCCAUACGAGACCGAUGCCAGAGCUGGUGGUUACAUCAAACAAAGAUUUUACUCGGGUAUCAGACCCCAGGAAUACUAUUUCCAUUGCAUGGCCGGUAGAGAAGGUUUGAUUGACACCGCUGUCAAGACCUCUCGUUCCGGUUACUUGCAAAGAUGUUUGACGAAGCAAUUGGAAGGUGUUCAUGUCAGUUACGAUAAUUCUGUCAGAGAUGGAGACGGUACAUUGAUCCAAUUCUUAUACGGAGGUGAUGCAGUUGAUACCACCAAGCAGAGUCACAUGAACGAAUUCAAGUUUUGUUUGGAGAACUACGACUCGUUGUUGAAGAAGUACCAACCUGAGUUUAUCGACAAUUUGAACACUGACGAUGCUCUUGACUACAUGAAGAAGUACAAGAAAUCUAUCAAGAAGAUCAACGAUUUGCCCCAUUACGAACAAACCUUGAAAUACGACCCAACUAUUUCUGUCUACAACCCAGCCAAAUACUUGGGUGCGGUGAGUGAAAACUUCCAGAAUAGCUUGGAGAAGUUCAUCAGCGACAACAAGGAGUUGUUCAAGAAAGAUAAGGUUGGUAAAGAAAAGUUCAAGGCAUUGAUGCAAUUAAAAUACAUGAGGUCGUUGAUCAACCCCGGUGAGGCCGUUGGUAUUAUUGCCUCGCAGUCGGUUGGUGAACCUUCCACCCAAAUGACGUUGAACACUUUCCAUUUCGCGGGUCACGGUGCUGCCAAUGUGACCUUGGGUAUCCCGAGAAUGAGAGAAAUCAUUAUGACAGCUUCCUCCUCCAUUGCUACUCCACAAAUGACGAUGCCAUUGAGAGCAGACAUUAACGACGUUCAAGCAGACUUGUUUUGUAAGAACAUCACCAAAAUUGUAUUGAGUGAGUUCUUAUUGAACGUAAGAGUGGUGGAAACCACUUCCACUACGGGAGACGGUGAUAACUCAAGAUCGUACACCAUCAAGUUGAACUUCUUCACCAAGGAAGAAUACCAGAAGGAGUACGAUAUUACCCAAAAGCAUUUGGAAGGGGUGGUUAUCUCCAAGUUUUUGGGUGCAUUGGAAACCACCAUCACCAAGGAAAUCAAGAAGCAAAAGAAGUCCAAUGCCCCUAGCAUCGGGGUUGCUUCCAAGGCUUCUGACCCAGUUGCCAGUAAGUUGGAGGGAAUUGAAGACGACUAUGAAGAAGGUGAUGGAGAUGCUAAUGAUGCCAAGAUGAAGAAAAACUCCAAACAACAAGUGUCAUACGAAGGACCUGAUGAUGAUGAAAUCGAAACCAUGAAGAGAGCCGAAGAGACUAGCGAAGAGGAAGAUGCUGAUUCGGACUCGGACUCCAGCGACGAAUCUUCCGAAAGUGAAAGUGAAGAUGACAUGCAAGUUGACAAGCCUAUUAGCAAAGAAGCCAAGAGCAGACAGCAAGAAGUGAUCACCAAUCACCAUUUCGUCACCAAGUUCAACUUCGACGACGACAAUGGAGAAUGGUGUGAGUUUGACUUGAGGUUGGUGGGUGACUUUGAAAAAUUGUUGAUGGUCAACAUUGUUGAAGAGUUGAGUAAGAAGAUUGUGGUAAGAGAAGUGCCCAAAAUAGGUAGAUGUAUUCACCCAAGUGGAGAAAGACACUUGACGACGGAGGGAGUGAACUUCAGAGCCAUGUGGGAACAAGAUGACUUUAUUGAUGUCAACAGCAUCACCUCCAAUGACAUCUACCAGGUAUUGAAGACUUAUGGGGUCGAGGCUGCUAGAAACACCAUUGUCAGGGAAAUCAACAAUGUGUUCGAAAGGUAUGCCAUCAAUGUUUCAUCCAGACACUUGGACUUGAUCGGAGACAUGAUGACUCGUGAAGGAACCUACUUGGCCUUCAACAGACAGGGUAUUGACUCUUCCACUUCUGCAUUCAUGAAGAUGUCAUACGAAACCACCUGUCAAUUCAUCACCAAGUCGGUGUUGAACGGAGACAAAGAAGAACUUGAAAGUCCAUCGGCCAAGAUUGUCAUGGGUAAGUUAUCCAAUGUGGGAACUGGAACCUUUGAUUUGUUCACCAAAUUGCAAUAA